AUGAAGCCGGGCGCCUUUCUGCUGAUCCUGCGGCCAACGGAGGGCGGCUUCGAGGCGCUGCUGCAAUGCCGGGCGGAGCACAUGAGAGACGCCGGCACCUGGGGCUUGAUCGGAGGUGAGCUGGACCCAAUGGAGCGCUGGCUCUACACCAGUGCCGGCGUGGCCGACGACCUGCGCUGCCGCGUGCUGCGGCGGGCGGCCUUGCGCGAGGCGUUGGAGGAGAUGGGCGGCGCGUCGGAGAUGCCGCAGACGCAGAUCCUCUUCGAACCCAUGUGCGUGCAGGUGUCCUCGGAUGGCCAGGCGGUGCGUCUGCCCCGGUCCUCCGGGGCGUGGCCGGUGCCGGCGGGGCUCGCCUUCUUCGAGCUGGACGCGCAGAGGUCCCGGUGCCUGCGGGUGGGGUACAUGGAUACUUUCGUCUUUGUCUACGUGAUGCUCGGCUGGAUGGCAGGAAGGGCGAAGAUGAUCCACGUACUGUCGUCCACCGGGCGUUUGCUGCUGGCACUGGACCCUGACCUCUUUCGGGCCAGAAAUGCCGGCGACAGAAGCCUCUUGGAGGACAUGCCGGCUCUGGGCUUUACGGAGAUUGUCAAGGACGAGGUGAGAGCGAGGAAGGCUAUCCCGUACCUCCGGCAGAAGCUGAUGCACCAUGGUCGGGUGGUACCCUUCCAUCUCUCCUGGGAGGAGCUGGAGAAGCCUAGGGAAGUGGAGCUGCACGUCUUGGACUAUGUCAACGUCGCGGGGGACCGGCUGCGACAGAUGGCCGAAGCCGGGCUCAUCGAGGAGGCAGAAGCCUGCCUCAUGCUGCCUCAGGAGCCCAACGCCGCAGACCAGAAAGGGGAAACGGCGGCGCUCAAGGCCAGUCGCGAAGGGCAUAUGGAGAUGAUGCAGCUGCUCGCCUAUGCAGAUGCAGAUCUGAACAUGCCGGACCUGCGGGGGAACACCCCCCUCAUCGAGGCGGCGAGGAGAGGGCACCGGGACAUCGCCGAGUUCCUGUUGGAGUCCCCCAGCGUGGACCAGGAUCAUUGCAAUGCCUGGGGCGAGUUUCCGGCCUACCUUGCCGCAAAUCACAAUCACCAUGAGAUUCUGCGGCUACUGCUGGACGCCAAGGCGCACAAGGACAAGCCGCUGGACGACGGCACCACGCCGCUGAUCAUCGCGGCCACCGUGGGCCACGCGGAGAGCGUUUCUGCCCUGCUGCGCAGCGGGGCCAGCAAGAAUAAGGCGGACCUGCAGGGCGUCACGCCGCUCUUCGCGGCGGCGGAGGCGGGCCACAGCCCGGUGGUGCACCUGCUGCUGCAGGCGGGGGCCGACCGCUACAAGGCCACCAGCCUUGGGCAGGCGCCACUGUUCGCGGCGGCGCAGGCGGGGCACCACGAGACGGUGAAGCUGCUCGUGGAGGGCCGGAGGGGUGACAAGGAUGCGCGGUAUAACGGCGCCACGGCGCUAUACGUAGCUGCGCUCAAGGGCCACGUAGAGGUAGUGAACUGCCUCAUCGAAGCAGGCGUGGACAAGGAUGCCGCCACGCCUUCCAACGAGACGCCGUUAUUUGUGGCGGCUCUGCGGAACCAGGACGAAAUAGUGCGGAUCCUUACCCGAGCGCAUGCGGACCUUAACAAGGCCACAGUCGACGGCGCCACCCCGCUGCUCGUAGCGGCACAAGAAGGGCACCGGAGCAUCGUGCGGACGCUGCUGGAAGCUGGUGCCGAUCAUUCCAAGCGCAUGCUGACGGGCGAGACGCCCAUUGCGCUGGCGAAGGAUGACGUGACCAAGGACCUGUUUUUCACCACCCGCACCAUCCGCCCCAACCUGUCGCGCAUGGGCUGGGCGUGA